GUUACACAAACAAGAAUUGGAAAAAAGCAAAUUCACAAAAUGUGGAACAAAGACAUAAAAAAUCAUUCUUUCAAUGUUUCAAAAAAUAUGAUGUGUUCCAAAGGGAGACGAUACAUUGAAGAUAAAUAUGAAUUUAUUCUCAUUAAUAGUAAUCAUAAAUUGAUGACUAAUGAAUCAUAUGUUCUAGUAAAACCAAAACAUCCAGACUUAUACAAUAUGCCCGAAAAGCAAUUAAGUGAGUGA